AGCUCUCUGGGGCUGGUGGUUCGAAGGGUCCUAAGGAAAAGCUGAGCUGCGUCCAGUCCAGCUGGAUGUUUCCCCAGAGGAGCUCGGGGUCCCGCACGGCUCAGUCCCUGCUCCGCUUCGCUCCGCGGGGCAUUCUGGGAGGGGACGUCGUGGGUCUCGGGUCGCUGGGCGGGUUUCCAGAGCCCGCGGCGCCGGGAGGACAUUGUGCUCCAAAAGAGAAGAUUAAAGAAGAAAGGAAGAAUGGCUGUUGGAUUUUGUAAAGCCAUGUCUCAAGGUUUGGUGACCUUCCGAGAUGUGGCUCUAGAUUUUUCCCAAGAGGAAUGGGAAUGGCUGGACCCAUCUCAGAAGGAUUUAUACAGAGAUGUCAUGUUGGAGAACUACAGGAACUUGGUAUGGCUUGGACUCUCCAUUUCUAAGCCCAACAUGAUCUCCUUAUUGGAGCAAGGGAAGGAACCUUGGAUGGUGGAGAAAGAGAUGUCAGAUGGUCAAUAUGCUGACUGGGAGUCUUGGUAUGAAAUCAAGGAAUUACCUCCAAAAUGGUACAUUGAUGAAGAGGAAAUAUCCCAGGGCAUGGUAAUGGAAAGACUUACAAGUUAUAACCUUGAAUAUUCCAGUUUCAGAGAAGCCUGGAAAUACGAGGGUGAAUUUGAGCGGCAUCAACAAAAUCAGGAGAGGCAUUUCAGGCAAGUGACAACUCUUAGGGAAAUCCCUGCUGUGAAAAGAGACAAUAAAUAUAACAAUUCUGAGAGAAGUGUUCUCUUGAAGCCAGUACUUUCGACACAAGAGAGAGUUCCCACAGUAGAGCAAAUGCAUAAAUUUGAUAUUUAUGAUAAAAUGUUUCCCCCAAAUUCCAUCCUAAUUGAACAUAAAAGAUUACCUGCUGAGAAAGAAUCUUUGAUAGAUAAUGAAUGUGAAGAAUUCAACCAGAAUACAUACCUUAGUAAAGAUAUAAGAAGUCCUCCUGGGGAGAAACCUUAUGAAAGUAAUGAUUUUUCAAAUCUCUUAAGUUUCCAUUCAUUACUUACUCAACAUCAGACGACUCAUUUUGGAAAAUUACCACAUGGAUUCAAUGAAUGUGAUGAUGCCUUUAGCUGUUACUCAUUCUUUACUCAACCUCAGAGAAUUCACAGUGGAGAGAAACCAUACGCAUGCAAUGACUGUGGAAAAGCCUUUAGCCAUGACUUCUUUCUCAGUGAACAUCAAAGAACUCAUAUUGGAGAGAAACCCUAUGAGUGUAAGGAAUGUAACAAAGCUUUCAGACAGAGUGCACACCUUGCUCAACAUCAGAGAAUCCACACCGGAGAGAAACCCUUUGCAUGCAAUGAAUGUGGGAAGGCCUUUAGCCGUUAUGCCUUCCUUGUUGAACAUCAGAGAAUUCACACAGGGGAGAAACCAUAUGAAUGUAAGGAAUGUAACAAAGCCUUCAGACAGAGCGCACACCUCAAUCAACAUCAGAGAAUUCACACUGGAGAGAAACCCUAUGAAUGUAAUCAAUGUGGAAAAGCCUUCAGCAGACGCAUUGCCCUUACUCUGCAUCAAAGGAUUCAUACAGGAGAGAAACCCUUUAAAUGUAAUGAAUGUGGGAAGACUUUUGGCUAUCGCUCACACCUUAAUCAACAUCAGAGAAUUCAUACAGGUGAAAAGCCCUAUGAAUGCAUCAAAUGUGGGAAGUUUUUUAGGACUGACUCACAACUUAAUCGACAUCAUAGAAUACAUACUGGAGAGAGACCUUUUGAAUGCAGUAAAUGUGGGAAAGCCUUCAGUGAUGCUUUAGUUCUAAUUCAUCAUAAGAGAAGUCAUGCAGGAGAGAAACCCUAUGAAUGUAACAAAUGUGGGAAGGCCUUCAGUUGUGGCUCAUACCUUAAUCAACAUCAGAGAAUUCAUACUGGAGAGAAACCCUAUGAAUGUAAUGAAUGUGGGAAGGCUUUCCAUCAGAUCUUGUCCCUUAGGCUACACCAGAGAAUUCAUGCUGGAGACAAACCCUAUAACUGCAGUGAAUGUGGGACUAAUUUUAGCUGUGCCUCAGCCCUUAGACGACAUCAGAAAAUUCAUAAUAAAGAAACUCUCUGAUUAUAACAAGUAUAAGGAAGAAAACAGUCACCACUCAGUCCUUAUUAAAUAAAUAUCAGUCAAUUAGUUCUUUGGUUAAUGAUUCUAUGAAUGUAGUAAAUAUGGAAAAAGCCUUCAGUUUAUGAGCAUCCCUUAUUUGAAAUAGCCUGAAUAGUAGACAUCUGUUACUUUUGGAUCUGUUCUAUGCCCCGUUUGAAAUUUACCUCACCCUCAUUGCGUAUCAUUCUGAUGAAACUAUUAAUCAGGGAAAGCAGUGGAUUGGUCAUGGGCUGGCCACAAGCUAGUUAAUAAGGGAUUGGCAGAUGGCCUUGUCUGGACCACUAGAACCCAAUAACAGGGUAUUGUUAUGGAUAGUCAGAGAAGAUAAUGUUUUUCCUGGAAUUGCAAGCUGCAAGGACUUUUUUUCAAGGUUAAAAACUCACCAGUAGCCUUUUUGCCACUACAUGAGGAAAGCCUUCCCAGGAUCAGUCCAACACAGAGAGACAGAAAUCUGAUGACAUUGUUUUAUCUUCUCAAUUCAAUCAUGCCUGAAGUCUAUACCAUCUUUUACUUUUUCAUUUUUGUGAUACAAUAAAUUUCCUUUUUUUGCUUAAGUUAA